CUUUGGUACUUAACCUGAUGCAGGUCAGUUAAUGGCCAUGCUCUUGAAACUUGGGAAUGCAAAGAAGACAAUUGAAGUUGGAGUUUUUACUGGCUACUCUCUUCUCCUUACCGCUCUCGCAAUUCCUCAUGAUGGCAAGAUCAUGGCCAUAGAUAGAGAUCGCACAACAUACGAAACAGGCCUCCCAAUCAUACGAAAAGCCGGAGUGGAACACAAAAUCGACUACAUUGAAUCCCCAGCUCUGCCUGUUCUUGACAAUCUCUUGGGGGAGCCAAAGAAUGAGGCUGAUUUUGACUUUGCGUUUGUUGACGCUGAUAAAGGAAAUUAUUGGAAUUAUCAUGAGAGACUGAUGAAGCUGGUGAAGAUUGGAGGGAUUGUUGUAUAUGAUAACACACUGUGGGGAGGGACAGUGGCUAAGCCUGAAGAGGUUGUUCCAGAAAACAAAAGGGAGUUGAGGCGCCAUGCGGUUGAGUUUAACAAGUUAGUUUUCUGCUGA